AUGGUUGUUGUUGGUUGUAGGCCUAGUGUGAUUACUUAUGGGACUUUGAUUGAUGUAUUGUGUAAAACAGAGGAGAUAAGUCUUGCUAUUAAGUUGUAUGAGGAGAUGGUUAAUGGGAAUGAUGAAUUUGGUGUUAUUUGUAGGCCAAAUGUUGUUAUUUAUAGUACUAUAAUUGAUGAUAGAAUUGGUGAUGUAAGACAGUUGUUUGAUUCCAUAACUAGAAAGGGGUAUACGCCUAAUGUUGUUUGCUACAAUACUUUAAUCAAUUGGUAUUGCAAGGAUAAAGAAGUCAACCAAGCUCUUUAUCUUUAUCGAAAAGUGAUUUAUGAAGAAAUUAGACCCGAUGUGAUUAUAUAUAGCACCUUGUUAAUUGGUCUUUUUCUUAUCGCUAAGGUUGAAGAUGCACGGAAUUUGAUUGGGGCUGGUCAAUGGGAUCUACCUGUUGGAAUAGGUGACAUGACAACAUUGCAGCCAAGAGAAAUAUGGUUCGGUGUUACAUAUGCGGUUGCUGUAACGAUGAUCCAUGGAGACUUGGUUGAUAUCGGAUUUCAAAUUGCCAUUGAAAUCUAUGAAGUAGCAUGGUCUGAAAAUGGUGUAAGGACUUCUUUCUACUAG